AUGGCCGAUAAAUACAUCCUCCGUGUGACUGCAGGACCAGGCUAUGAUCUGGACUGUCAAACAGAAGUCCCCGUCAACCAGGCCAAGCCCACAAAGAUCACCAGCGCUCUCGCCGACAUUGAGCUCAACGUCAGGAUACAAAACUACGCCGGCCUCCCUCGUAACUCACCCUCUACCUCACCCUACUUCUCUGAGGAACCGCACGCCACCAAUAAAGACCAGUACAGCAUCUCUUUCCGCUUCACACCCAAGAAGCCCGCAAAUGCCUCCUCAUCGGUAGACGGCAUAUCGGCAGAGGACCUGCAAUUCGGCAACGACUUUGACCACCCCAUCCGCGACCGUCUCCCACCGGGCUUCAACACAGCACUCAACAUUGUAAAGUGGUGGAUCGACCCCGGUCUGGACGGCGACGCCUACGCCGAUGUCCCUCAUCUCUACGGCCCCGCGCUAAGCUCCUUCAACACCAUCCACGUUGGUUCUGGCGUCCACGACGAAGAAAAGGGCGGGCUAUGGUUCGAGGAGGGAGGCGACGAGGCCGGCCUCGAAGCACGAGAGAAGAUUGGCGCGCCGGCCACGUCCAAGGAGCGCAUGAAGUGGGCACUUCGCAAGGACAGCAAGGAGAACUGGCUGUUUGAGUACGGCAAGACGUACGGUUUGGACUUUUUCAAUGCCUACCUCGACUUUGCCAACCUGGCGUUGCGCUUGCCCGGUUACCAACUUGCCAUCAUGAAGUACUGGGACGGACAAGGCCUUCGAUACGUUCUCCGGAACAAGACCACCGGCGACGUCUACCUCGUCGUCCUCUUCGAGAUCCACCUCAAGGACGACGUGAACGAAGACGGCACGCUGAAGACCACUGCCAGGGGCGUCAAGACUGGUGCACUACCGCCGCCGGCCAAGGACGACCACGAGCCUCACGACGAGGCCAAGGCGCUUGAGGAGGCUAGGAAGAAGAUGGGCCCCGCUGCGCAUGAGGCGGAGGAGACCAAUGCCGACGAUGUGGACUAG